AUGGCAACCACCGAAAGAAAACCACUGAACUUGGUUCUCGGAGCCGGAAACACCCAGAUUGGCGAUGCUUCCAUCGACCCCUCGGCCCGCUUUGAUACCCCGGAUCAGGUGAAUGCUUUCUUAAACGCCUUCUUAGAGCGCGGCUACUACCAGAUCGACACGGCGCGAGGGUAUUCGCCCAGUGCUCCAGGAACCUCGGAACCCCGACUUGGAGCGGUCGCUGCGGGAGCCCGUGCCACCAUCGACACCAAAGUCACUUCCAGAGAGCCCGGCAGCCACACAAAGGCAAAGAUCCUCGAGGAGAUUGACAAGUCCCUCGAGGCCCUGCAGAUCAAACAGAUCAAUGUCGAGUACCUGCAUGCGCCGGACCGGGCCACGCCAUUUGAGGAGGCAUGCGAGGCCAUGGACCAGGCCCACAGGGAGGGCAAAAUCAAGAAAUGGGGCCUCUCGAAUUACAGGGCCGACGAGGUCCAGAGCUUCCUCGAUAUCUGCGAGGCACGAGGCUGGGUCAAGCCCAGCGUCUACCAAGGCCACUACAACGCCGUUGUGCGCGGCAGCGAGAAGCACCUGUUCCCCGUCUUGCGCAAGCACGGCAUCGCCUUUUACGCCUACAGCCCUGCAGGUGGCGGCUUUUUUGCUGGCAACCACAAGAAUCCGGCCGCGGGAGGGCGCUUCGACAAAUCGCAUCUCGUAGGCGGCAUUUACCGCAAUCUCUAUCUCAAGCCUGCCAUCACGGCGGCCACUAACAAGGCCAUCGACUUGGCUGCCCAGCACGGCAUCGGCGGCCACGCAGCGGCGCUUCGCUGGACGGCGCACCACAGUAUCCUGAGCGCCGAGCACGGGGACUCCGUCAUCUUGGGUGCUAGCAGUGUGGAGCAGCUGAAGUCCAACCUCGACAUAGUCGAGCAGGGCCCACUGCCGCAGGACGUCGUAUCUGCGGUCGAGGCAAUCUACGCCGAAGUUGGGGACGAGGUGCCAUACCAUUUUUAG